ACGAUAGCUCAUCUUACGAAAUUCUCUCACACCCUUUUAAUACUUCUAUUGUUCAAGACCAAGUGGACUCGAUUGUGACAUGGUCUUCUUAUAACCGCAUGUUGGUCAACGUAAAAAAAACUAAAGAGUUCCGAGUCUCUUUUCUGAAAACACCUCCUACCCUUGACCCAAUUGUCAUAGGCGGUCAGCCUCUGGAACUUGUGAAAUGUUUUUAA